AUGUACGACGGAGAUGACAGCUCGGGCCUGGAGCUCGGGCCUGGAGCUCGGGCCUGGAGCUCGGGCCUGGAGCUCGGGCCUGGAGCUCGGGCCUGGAGCUCGGGCCUGGAGCUCGGGCCUGGAGCUCGGGCCUGGAGCUCGGGCCUGGAGCUCGGGCCUGGAGCUCGGGCCUGGGGGCGAGCUCAACAACAGCGCGAGUUGUUGUCGUGUAGUUGA